AUGUUAGAAGAAAAGGGAGUAAACAUUCUCAUGGUGUCAUUGGCCUACCAAGGCCACCUUAACCCCAUGUUAAAGUUCGCCAAAUGCCUCAUUUCAAAGGGCAUUAAUGUCACCAUCGCCACCACAGAAAAUGGUGGUCCCCUCCUGCUCAAGCACGCUACUACUACUACAAGUGAUGCUUCCAACAACUCAAAAAUCAAACUUGAGUUCUUCUCAGAUGGUCUCACCAUCGGUUUCGACCGCAUGGCCACCACUGAAAAAAUGAUCAAAACCAUCCAGGAAGAAGGUGCCAAGAAUUUAUCCACACUCAUCACCAAUCUCACCAAGGUUCAGAAUCAGAACUUUUCUUGUGUGAUCAUCAGCCCCUUUGUUCCUUGGGCUGUAGAUGUAAUUUCAGAACAUGGAAUCCCAUGUGCAAUGCUCUGGAUCCAAGCUUCCACCCUUUACUCCAUCUACUGUCGUUACUUCAACAACACCGACUCAUUUCCCUGCUUGGAUGACCCUAAUGAGAAAGUGAAGCUACCUGGGCUUCCCGAAUUUGAGGUGAAAUACCUUCCUUCUUUUCUCCUUCCUUCAAGCUCUCCCUAUUACCGUCAAGUUUUUGUGGAUAUUUACCAAGCUUUAGGUAAGGUGAAAUGGGUUUUAGGUACAUCGUUUUAUGAAAUUGAGGAGGAGAUAGUGAAAUCCAUGGAUUCUCUCACCCCUAUUUAUCCAAUUGGACCAUUGGUAUCACCUUUUAUUUUGGGAGAAAGGGAAAUUAGUGAUGUGAGUGUGGAUAUGUGGAAUGCGGAGGAUUCAUGCAUGGAUUGGCUUAACAAAAAGUCACCCAAAACAGUUAUCUAUAUUUCAUUUGGUAGCCUGAUUGUGUUGUCUCAAAAGCAGAUGGAUAACAUCGCCAAGGCUUUGAAGAAUUACAACAAGGACUUCUUAUGGGUGGUGAAGCCACCAGAUGGUGAAGCUAGAAAGAAGGGUGGUGCAGGUGAGUUGAGUGCUGAGUUUUUGAAGGAAACUGAAGGGAAGGGUUUGGCGGUGAAGUGGUGCAACCAGGAGAAGGUUCUGAUGCACCCCGCGGUGGGUUGUUUUGUGAGCCACUGUGGGUGGAACUCCAUUCUUGAGACGCUGGUUGCCGGAGUGCCUGUCGUGGCGUGUCCUUAUUGGACGGAUCAGCCAACGAAUGCGAUGCUGGUCACAAAUGUUUUUAAGAAUGGGGUGAACGUGAAUUAUGGGAAAGAUGGGGUGGCUAGUACUGAGGAGAUUGAGAAGUGUAUUUGGGAUGUCAUGGAAGGCCCGAGCUCUGGAGAGAUUAAGAAAAGGGUCGUGGAAAUCAAAGAAUCGGCGAGGAAAACAUUGCAGGAAGGUGGUAGUUCUAAUGAGAAUAUCAAUCGAUUUCUCAAUGAGUUGAUUGUAGGGAAUCAAGCUAGGGUUUAAGACUUUUUUUGGAGGUGGGCAUGAGUAAUGAGCUCUUUUGUUUUGAC